GGCCUCUUGCGGAUCCGGACCCCCUCGACCUCGCCGCGAUCGCACUCGCGCUUUUCCCCUUUUCCCGCCCUCUCGCGUUUCCGUUUCCGGUUCGCCCUCUCGGGUUCCACGCUCGUUUCCGUCGAGGGAUUUUUCGGGAUCCAAAACCCCAUCAAUCGCGAGUGUUUCAGUUUCAAUCGUUGUAGGUAUUUCCUAUGGAAAGUCACAAUACCACAAGCGCAAAAUCAGUUUUCGGAAAUAUAUAGCGGAUAUUUGACCUUAUUAGCAGUGUAAUAAAACUUGUUUUUCUUUUUUUUUAAAGAAAAAAAGUGAGUGCGGAAGGUGUAGUAUUCGUUUCCUUCAAAGUUAAGUGAAGUUUUCUGCGUGAAAAAAAACGGACUUAACGUGCGGAGUACGUAGGGGUUAUCAUCGCCCAUAAACUGCGCUCCGUGACAUUGGAUUCGUAUCCCUGAAACAUCAGUUGCCGUAUUUAACUAAUUUGGCGAAUCUGAUCGAGGGAAUACUUGGACUUCGUCUCCUUUAUCGUGAUUGAUGUUUCUCGACCUCACUCCGGAGAAUGGUCGAAGAUGUGAUUAGUCAAGGAGCAUCCUUAUUCGUCCAAUGGUGAGGCACUAUCGUUUCCGAUACCGUUGAUCCUCUGAAGACGACCUGAGCUUUUUUAUCUAUGGGACGAUUAAAAACCAUCCACAAGAGUGCAGAAUUAUGAUACUCAAUUGAGCGCUGGGACGCAGGAUGUACUGGGUGGCGGUGGUGGGAGUCAUUCUAUUGAGCAUCUUGUCAUCUCAGUCACGAUCCACUGCAAAUAGUAAUACAGACUACAAAAUCAACCCGAAGCCAUGCUGGGUGAACGGACUGGAGGGCACGUGCAUGUUCGUCUGGGAGUGCAUCAACUCGGAGGGGCGUCACGUCGGGAUGUGCGUUGACACGUUCAUGUUCGGGAGCUGCUGCGCCCACAACCUGAGCUCGAACCAACUGGACAUGCUCCCGGACCCGUCCGAGCCGGCCGUCCUCUUCACGCAACCCAAGCCGCCCCGCCAGAAACCCAGCUCCACCGGGCGCCCCUCGCCCGCUACGGCGCGCCCCUCGCCGGCCAUCGGCGAGCCCUUCAACGUCAACACGGUGCUCAGCGUCAACAAGCCCGGGCGGCCGCUGAGCAACGAGAUCGACCACUUCCACAGCCAGCCCGAGUCGCAGCCGCUCGUCAUGUACGGCGGCUACGACCGGAACCACAACAACCACAGCCACGCCUUCAGCCACAGCCACGGCCUCUUCAGGCCGCACAACGUGAGCCACAGCGACAAGCCCAGCCACGGCUCCAGCCACAAUCAUAUCCAAAGCCACAGCCAUGGGCAUGGUCAAGGACAUGCCCACAGUCAAGAUUACAGUGGGAGCCACCUCGGGAACCACAUCCAGGGCCACCACGGGCACGGGCACAGCCACUUCCGGCCGCACAACGAGAUCAUGCAUGUAAAUAACGAGGAGAACGAGGUGCGCCCGAGCGGGAACUACGCUUUCGGGGGCCACGCUGUCUAUAGUAGUGUAAAUAACCGGACGAUGGAGAUGGAGCGCCCGGCGCCGGCGCCAGCGUCGAGCGAGCAGGCAACUAGUCAGUCGCUGUCCAUGUCCACGCCGGACGCGCCCGCCUCGAUGACGUCAUUCAUCUCCGUUUCUUCUAGUCGGCCCUCCCUGGGCCCCUUCCACGGGGGCCUCUCGUCGGCCCUCAACUCCGGCACCAAGCCGCAGUUCGUCACGUAUCAAUUUACCACAACUACCUCAGCACCGCUAUCUAGUCAUAAACCUAGUUGGAAUCUCACGCUUCUGGAGAGCAUGAACGAAAUCGACGACGGUAGUAAGGGGAGCACGGAGUCCUCGUGGCCGUUCCACACGCGCCCCAGUUGGUACUCGACGAACCAGCCCUUCGUGACGCGGCCCCGCCCCUCGUCCGGGGUCCGCCCCAAGCCGUCGCGCCCGCACCAAUCGACGGCCUCGAGCAGCGCGGCCACGCCCACGAGCACCGCCUCCUCGCCCGCCUCCAGCUACUCCUCGCCCGCGUCGCCCUUAGCGGCCACGUCGACGAUGACGUCACCCAUCUCCAGCUCCACGACGCAGGUGCCCAACGUCGUCGUCUUCUCCUCGCUGCCCCUCGUCGUCAGCUCCAGCUCCGGGGACAAGAAGAAGCCGCAGAACGGAUACCCUAGCUCCACCUCUUCUGGACCGGUUUCUGCCAUCGGACAUACUGGCACAACGUGCGGCUCUUCUCCGUUGCAUCCGAAACACGAAGUGCGGAUCGUCGGCGGCAGGAACGCCCAGUUCGGAGUCUGGCCCUGGCAGGUGUCUGUUCGGAGAACAUCAUUUUUUGGGUUUUCAUCGACGCACAGAUGCGGCGGUGCUCUGCUUAACGAAAACUGGAUAGCCACAGCAGGUCAUUGUGUUGACGAUUUGUUGGCGUCUCAGAUCCGAAUCCGGGUCGGCGAGUACGACUUCUCGUCGGUGCAGGAGCCGUACCCGUUCGCGGAGAGGGGCGUGGCCAAGAAGGUGGUCCACCCCAAGUACAACUUCUUCACGUACGAGUAUGACCUGGCCAUGGUGCGGCUGGACAACCCCCUGGAGUUCGCCCCGCACAUCAUCCCCAUCUGCUUGCCCGGCUCCGACGACCUCCUCAUCGGGGAGAACGCCACCGUCACCGGCUGGGGUCGCCUCAGCGAAGGGGGCACCCUCCCUUCCGUCCUUCAAGAGGUUUCAGUGCCAAUAAUCAGCAACGACAAAUGCAAGAGUAUGUUCCUGCGGGCCGGACGACACGAGUUCAUUCCGGACAUUUUCAUGUGCGCGGGAUUUGAUGACGGAGGUCGCGAUUCGUGCCAAGGUGAUUCUGGAGGUCCACUUCAAGUGCGUGGAAAGGACGGCAAGUACUUCCUCGCCGGAAUUAUCAGUUGGGGAAUCGGGUGUGCUGAAGCAAACCUCCCUGGAGUUUGCACAAGGAUAUCGAAAUUCGUGCCGUGGAUACUCGAAACUGUGACGUAGUCAUGAUGUGCUCAUUUAAAAAAAAAAAAAAAACGCGAAGACCUCUUCUGGAGACAAAAGACAGGAAGUGUUCAAACUGUUCGAUUUAAUUCCUUUAUAAUUGACCGGACACUCCUUUGAAAAGGGCAGUUGCAUAUGACAUUGCUGACAUUGACUUGAAUAAUGUUGAUGUUCCACGCAUUUUCAACGAAGAACACGUCUAAAGCUUCCAAAAUGGACAAGUUAAAAGUUGAAGUUGUAGAAUGAAGUAGAAAGCUUCACAUUUUGGUUUCAACCGCAAAUCAAGUGUAAACAACAGAACUAAACUGCCUACGUAUUCAUCAAAAUACUGCGUAAAAGCUUUCAUAUUCGUAAUUCUAAGAUGAAAUGACAAGUAUCGAUUGUCCAAAAGCCAGAGAGGACACAAAUGUGAGGAGAACAAUCCGUAAGGCUGCGGUGGAAACAGCUGAAAAGGAUUCUUAAACUGAUGUCUUAAAUACUGUUGUUGUGUUGUUUUUAUGUUUGAAAUGAGACCGGAUUGCCAGCAAACAUGAUAGUCGCUUCCUUAUCCAUAGUUAAAUUAAACUAAAAAUGGCAAUACAUGUGUCUCCUUAUAUUUUCGAACUUUCUGAAAAGUAAUAGAAAAAACAACUUAAAUCGCAACUGCCCCAAUGAAAAAUGUUUUCUGUAGAAGUGUGUUCGAAUGUGAAUGGGUUCAGUAUUAUUCAAGCCUGUUAAAUUACUUUGUAGGUUAUAGGAUAAAAUCAAAUUGGCUUGUGUAAAUAUUUGACCUGCGUAUUUACCAUUCUGACACAGCAUGCAGAUAAUUUUGUUUUUUUUCGUUGUUUUUUAUUUUCAAGUGAUUUUUUUCUACCAAUCUGGUGCCACAACUUUGCUCCAUUUUUCUUUGAUUGACUAUGAAAGCGAAGGACAUGUCGUUGCUGUACCAACUUGUCCUUGAUGCGAUGCUGGUAUGACCAAAAAUUUGCGAAGGGAAAACCCAAUUUUACCAGCAUAUGCAAGUGGUGUGCUUAAUGAUGACGUUUGGCAAUUUAUAUUACAGAUCAUAAAAAUUUCCUCCGGCAAAUUAACAACUAGAUCGUAAAAAAAUGGGUCAUAUUACGCGUUUUGACCGCAAGAACAAACUUUUGAAAAACAAGAUACUUUAUAAAGAUGCCACACCAUUACAAAUCAUUAUUAUUUCUUCCUUAACUUAUGAAAGUUCUGUAAUUAUUUUCUCAAUUCUUAAUUUCUUUUUAACUUGAGGUGUAGAGAUUGACACCUUUUUUACGAUCAAAGUCUCCUAAUUAUUGACCAAAUAUAUUACAGCAGUUCACUUUCCUGGCUCAUGUAGAGCUACUCGAUGCACAACCUAUGAGUACUGCUCACAACCAUUUUUAUUUCAAGCCUACCAAUCAAGCAAAUGAGCUGAGCAACAAUUAAUAAAAAGUGUCAUUUGCUUCACAAAUUAAACAUACUUCUUUGAUGAUACUUAUCAAAGGUCAACUAAAGAGAGACGCGUUCAUGAAGUUGAUUUUAUAACUUCUUUCCUGUAAAA